CCUGGAGUUUAAAUUCCAAUCCUACCUUGUGUCCCUUUCUUCUCGUUUUCGAAAUGAAAUCGUCUCGCUCAUAAUUACAAUUCAUUUGCGUAUCAGCCAAAAUCUGGACCCUCAUUUAAUAGGGUUUUCUAAUUUCACGAUACUGAGAUCCUAUUUGAUCUUAUUCCCUUGAAAUUGAUUCAUUUUUGUUGGAAUUACUCGUUUCGAUCAAUUCAAUCAGCUGUGUAUACAUAAAAGGAAAACCCUAUUUUGAUAAUUCCUGUUGCCUUUUGGAUCUGCUGUUGUGAUUUCUUCUUCAAUGGCGGAUCAAGAGGAAGAGGACUUGAGAAUGGCUCUAAGAAUGAGUAUGCAAAACUCACCUCCAGAACCUAAGCGAAGCAAGCCCAGGGAUGCCACCGGGGUUUCGCCAGAGGAGUCCCGGCGGCUACAGCGAGAGCUCAUGGCUGCUGCAGCUGAGAAGCGGAUGCUUGAGGCUAAAAUCUCCUCGCCUUCGAAACCCAUGGAUAGAAGCUCUGGUAAAAGCACCGAUGUUGCUAGAAAGGAGAAGGAUUCUGGCUCCACGGAAGUUAAUAUGGGACAAGAAUUAACCUGCGAGGAGUCUAAUCAGUUGUUCUCAAUGGUGUUUGGAAGUGUUGUUUCGAAGGACAUUCUAGCACAAUGGAGUAAUCAGGGAAUAAGGUUUAGUGCUGAUCCAGAAACAUCUAUGGGCUUAGUGCAGCAUGAAGGUGGUCCCUGUGGCGUCUUAGCAACCAUACAAGCAUUUGUUCUCAAAUACCUUCUUUUCUUUCCAGAUGAAUUGGGUAAAUUUGCACCGAACAUGCCACAGAAUUUGGGUUCUGGAAGACUGACUAAAAGUCAAUACGUUGCAUCGAGUAAUUUCAAUUCUCUAACUGAAGAUGCAAAAGCAAGAGCCCUGGUCAGAAGUAUGGGGGAGAUAUUGUUUAUGUGUGGAAGUAAUAAGAGGGCUGUGAUUGCUACUUUGGCAGCUAUUGGCUGUGAUGCCGAAGGCUCUGCACAGGAUGAUAGAAUUGCACAAGCCCUUGAGGGUCUUUCAAUUGAAUCAGCAUCUGAUUUGCAUAAAAUUCUGAGAAUUGAAACAUAUACGUCACAAGCAAGUGCAAUGCAGAGGCUCCAAGUGACGAUUCCAGUCUUCCAAUCUCGCAUGGGGGCACUGCUAUUCCUUAUCUCUGCAUUACUAUCUCGAGGAUUGGAUACAGUUCAAGCUGACAGGGAUGAUCCAAGCCUUCCCCUGGUUACUGCACCUUUUGGGCAUGCUUCUCAGGAAAUUGUGAAUCUACUGCUGUGUGGGCAGGCCGUCCCUAAUGUGUUUGAUGGUAGAAUGGAUUUAGGUGGUGGGAUUUGUCUGAAGGGCAUAUCCACUAGUGUGGAAGUUGGAUUUCUUACUCUCUUGGAAUCCCUGAAUUUCUGUAAGGUUGGCCAACACCUAAAAUGCCCUAAAUGGCCUAUAUGGGUUGUUGGAAGUGAUUCCCACUAUACUGUUCUAUUUGCUCUCGACACCACUGUUCAAGAUGAGAAUGAGCUGGAAGAAAGGGAGUCACAGAUUCGGAAAGCUUUUGAUGCACAAGACCAGAGUGGUGGUGGAGGCUUUAUCAGUGUGGAAGGCUUCCAUCAGGUCCUCAGGGAAACUGGUAUCAGACUCCCUCCUGAGAAACUUGAUCACCUUUGCAGUACAGGCUUUAUUGUAUGGAGCGAGUUCUGGCAGGUCAUUUUAGAUUUGGACAGGAGUUUGGGAGGCCUAAAGGAUUCAAGUGGAUUAAUGGGUAAAAAGGUGUUUGAUCUUUACCAUUUUAAUGGCAUUGCAAAAUCUGAUUUAAAUGGCAGUCACAUGGCCAUAGGAGGCGACACACCAGUCCAGAGACCUAGGCUAACAAAACUGAGGGUUUCAGUUCCACCAAGGUGGACACCGGAGGAAUUCAUGGCAGAUGUGGCGGGGCCCUCCGUUUCUGGGGGGAAUGAAUCAAGCAGCAAAGAUGCUGAAGUGUCGAAACCUGAGCCUUCUCAACAUGCACCUUUGGUAGACUGCAUAAGAACGCGCUGGGCACGUGCGGUUUGCAGUUGGGUGGGGGAUCCUCCUAGCAUUGUUUGAAUGCUUGCGUCCUAUUUGAGAAUUGGGAUCCUUUGAUGUUGUCGGCCGGAGAGAAAUCAAAGCAGGAGAAAUGCAGUCGUUGCUCAUUCGAGGCAUGAGAGUGUUAGGUUUUCGUGGUUCAUCUUUCUUUUUGAGUUCGUGCAACCCCAUUGUCUACCGUGUAUUGUUGUAGCUUUCUUAUUCUAGUUCGAUUUUGAUGUCAGAUACUGGAGAGAGAGGGGGAUAUUUUUCUGAAUUAAUAUGUAAAAUCCAUUCAUAUUCACCUCA